UCUUGCCUCGGUACUUACUUUACUGGUUGGUGAACAGAUGGUGGUUUAAUGAUUGGGCAGAUGCUAUAAAUUGAACGUGAAGGGUUGAGCUUGGUACAGUUGGAUUGGUUGUUUAGUACUGAGAACAGUAACUUCAGGCAAUUGAAGAAAAUGGCUUUUAAGUUCUUGACCUUCUGUGCUCUGGUGGUUGUUGCCCGUGCUGGAGUUAUUUCCGGCCCGGCUCUGACGACCUACCAAGCGGCUGCUCCUCUGGCAUACGCCGCUCCGGUAGCCAAGACCCUUGUGGCUGCACCGAUUGCCAAGGCUGAUGAGUACGACCCACAUCCCGAGUACUCCUACUCUUAUGGAAUCUCCGAUGCCCUGACCGGAGACCAGAAGGAACAGCACGAGUCUCGUAGUGGAGAUGUUGUUCAGGGAUCUUACUCGCUGGUUGAACCGGACGGUACCAAGCGCGUCGUAGACUACACUGCUGACCCAGUUCACGGAUUCAACGCUGCUGUCCGUCGUGAACCGCUUGCCGUUAAGGCCGUUGCUGCUGCUCCUGUCAUUGCGGCCAAGACUGUCCUUGCCCAACCAGCUAUUGCUGCCUACUCGGCACCUCUGGCCACCAAGACCAUUGUGUCCCAACCUGCCCUGUACCACCACUAAGAUUGCCUUAUAGGCAAUAGAAUUGUUGCUCAUAUCUGUAGCUGUUAUCACUUUACGACUGAAUGAUCUAGAUAGAAUAAGAACAUGUGAAACUGAAA